UUUAAUUACUUUUAAUCCCUCUUGAUUGACCGCCUCGAAAGUGCAAUCGGCGUUUUGGCGAUCGGCUACCCGCCGCGCGACCGAUCGCCGAUUGAUUCUCGUCGAUCAUCCGCGCGCACCAUUAAUCCAAUUGGCCCUUAUUCUCGCGCUUGAUCCCCACGGGCCAUCAGGCGCGCGUGCUCUGCCGUUCGCAAAACUCACAAAGCGUACGCACCGCGCGAAACGCGUGCGAUCUCUCGUUCUAUCGCAUCGAUUAAUCGGCCCCCCGUAGUCGCCAGUCGGACUCGUUUGCGGUCUCCUUAUUUGCGGCGUGCGAUUACAGCGGCCGCGCGUCGCUCCACCAGCUCCGUCUGCAUCUCGGAGGAUUCUCUCGCGAGCGAAAGCGAAUAUCACUCGCGGAUUAAGCGAGUCUCCCCGGCGCUCGCUGGCGAAUAAUUCAAGUCAAGUCCCGUCGCCGUAGAAAUUACUGUUGCGUCGAGACGCGGCGGUUGUAAUUACCGGUCUCUCAUUAGCCCACCCACCUACCUAUCCUUCCCUACUCCGUCUAGCCAGGCAUCCACCUCUCCCCUUCCCCGUCUAAAACCACCUUCCUCCGCGAGGCUUGAGCCGCCUGAAGCGGCCCGCAAACUCGCAAACUCGGAAGUCCUCCCGAGAGAUCACACGGGGCUUGCGGUAAUAUCUCCGCGCGCGUGGUCUCUUUGGCGAGAGUCAGGUUGGUGACGCGGGGGUGGAGGUGGGCAAGGGUUCUCGGCCACCCUUACACUCGGCAGCGGCGGCGGUGGCGGCGGCGGCGACGGCGGAGCAGGGACGGCGGGCAUGACGCGCGCUCGGGGGGAUGAUGGUGACGCCGGCAGAGUCCGGGCCGGCACAGGCCGAGGUUAUAAAUAGGACGACGCGCCGCUCCGGAGCGGUAUUUCGUCGCGUGACGCCGUGACGUUCGCAUCGAUCCGACGUGAGCUGGUGAACGUAGGCGCAGGGCGGGUAACAGGCGUUCGCGCACACGGCCGAAAAUCAAUCCGACGCGUAUACAGUCGCGCAGCGCAGCAGAGAAAUCAUCAGACGAGGCUCGAUCUGUCUAUAUCUCCGCCUUUCUGCCUCGUUCUUUCUCUCUCUCUCUCUUUCUCUCUCUCUCUCUCUCUCUCCCCCCCCUGCCUCAUUUCCUCACCCCCGAGGACGAGGAGGCGUCGACGAGGAGAGGAGGCGUUCGCCGAGCCACGAGGUAGGAAACCACCGUCGGUGUCUCUCAGCGCGAUGCUGAAGAAGUUGCUGAGCAAGUCCGGCCGCAGGAUCCUGCGGGCGAUCAAGAAGCUGUCCACCAGGAGUCGCAAGGCCAAAAAGUCGCACAAUCCCAGCUCUUGGCACACGGCCAUACCCGACCUCGAGACGACCUCGCUCUCGUGGUCUUUGCCGUCCUUGGACACAAAGAGCAUCGACACGUACAUGACGUACGUGGCCGAGAACUCGGAGGACUGCACGUCAAGCUGUUGCUGCUGCGACGAGUACGAGGAGAACCAGAGGAACGAGAACAGGGAGAACGAGAUGAUAAUCUAACGUCCGUGUCGUUAGGUUCGCUCGCUCGCUCGCUCGUCCGUUCGUCUCUCACGAUCGAGAGAUCGCCGCGAUCGACAGCCGGGCCAAGCCGGCCCGGGAGAAUCGCACGCCCACGGUGUGCCGAAACGACAUUUAACCCUUGACCGACGACGCACGCGGCCACUCGACCGUCGCUUUCUCUCGCGCCGCCGGCCGUAAGGACUCUCGACGGAGGGCUCGCGAGGAUGGAAAGAAGGACGCAGCCGCGCGCGCGCGCGCGCGCGCGGCUGCCAGUGCAAUAUUUACUCACACGAGGGUGCCGAGAGAGGCCAGAUCGCUCUCGGGGGUUGGUGUUGCCGGUGAAGGGUUAAUCACGCAUCCCUCCUUAAUCCGUUCCACGCAGAGGCGCGCCGCGCGCUCCCUUAUUUUUCGAGACGUCGUAUUUCGAAGACGGGGCGGGUUUUGAAUAAAAGAAGAAUACAAGAGAAGAAGCAAGAGGAGCUCUCCGCGCCGCGCCGACUCGCGGAUCACCGCGACCGUCAUCGUGACGUGGCGAAACAGCGCGCGGCGGAGAGGCGGUAAUUUAUUUCCGGUUAGUCUUCCACGAAUCGUCCACUCGUUUGCGGCGCGUCGCGACCGCGCGACUCGCGUCCACCUCGAUCUCACUUCAGCCGACUUUAGUCCCGCGGCUUUCGUUCGUCGUUUAGGCGCGACACGACUUAUUUAUUUAUUAUCACCGAGCGAUAUCAUGUUCACCGCGUUCUUUCGCGCAGAUCUCCCCCACGAUUUCGUUUCCAUUCGCGUUCUCGCGACGGUGUGCUCUUGUUUCCUCGUCUCGUCGCGCUAGGAGGCAGCGCGCGUCAUUGUCUCUUUCGAAAUAGAGCAUAGCAAUACAUGACGUAGUACAAAGAAAAGAGAAAAAAAUAUAUAUAAUAAAUAUAUAUAUAUAUACAUCACAAUAUAUCGUGUAGCGCGUUAUCGAACGUUCGUUCUCGCGAGAGAGCGCGACGCCCGAAAUAAUAGGACUUUUCCAUUCAUCGUGUGUGAUUAGCGUGUGUCGGGUAUAACUCGUGUUGAUCACACCUUCGCACGGUAUUCGCGUUACCGGCGUGUCGUGAAUUGUUUUAGAUCAAUAAAUUAUUUUCAAUUUGCUGUAUUCUCAAUAUGUGGUACACUGCUUGUACCAUUCUUUCUCUCUCUCUCUCUCUCUCUCUCUCUCUCUCUCUCUCUCUCUCUCUCUCUCUCUCUCUCCACUGACGAAGUAAUUUAUAUUUCUAAUCGAUGUUUGAGUGCACUGAAACAAUUUUAGGAAAUUAUAUCAUAAGAGAGUGAGGAAAACGCACUCGAGGAAGAGGGGCGAAAGGUGGCUUGGAGAGAGGAGAACCGGAGGAUUAAAUUUAUCUCUUCAAUUAACUCAACACUACAUACACACAUACACACACACAUACACACACACACACACACACACACACACACCUUCUCUCUCUCCUUCUCUCGUACAAUUCUACUCAAAAACGGCCGAGCCGUACGUACACGCAUAUCGGCGAAUCGAAUCGUGAGAGGUUCGAUCCGAUGUAAAACGACGCGUAGAACACGAAGGACCCUCCCUGUGCCGCUCGUCGACGUGCGGGGGGGGAGGUCCGAAUUUUUAACUCGAUGUUGUCGUCACUUUUGCGCUAAUCGUCGUAGGUGUUCAAUAUUCCGCGCGGUCAAGGUGCACCCGUUAGAGAUUAGUUAGCGGACAAGCGGCUCUCAGCCCUCCGCUGGGAGGGAAAAUAGCGGCCCGUCGCGCCGCCUUCGAACUUUGGCGGCUCCCGGGUGCCGCGAGGACACUUGAGCAAUAAAAUCGCACCGGCCUGAUCAUCCGAAAGCCUGUUCUUCUAUUUCCGAUCGUUCUUCAGCACCUUUUGCUCAAACGCGUCCGGGCUCCACUGACGAGCGACGAGGAUGCGUUUGUUUUUCCUACGGGUUGAUUCGUAAGAGAGGAGAAGGUAAAGACGAAAAUAUAUAAUGACGAUGAAAAAGAAGAGGAAACACAGAAGAAGAAACAGAAUGAGAAGAAGGCGAUGAUGAUGAUGAUGAUGAGCUUUAACGACUUAUAUGUAUAGAAUGCAGAAUUUAUAUGUACAUAAGAGACACACGAAAAUAUGGAUGUGUACGUAGGUGCGUGUUGAUACUCUAUCGUAAGCGUCGAUAAGGCUGUGACUUUGUAACGGAUGUGAGUGUCAUAAAUAAAAUGGUUUUAUUGACGAUC